AUGUAUCCACCGGAACAUUCACAAUUACCGCCUCAUAAAGAAGAUGAGGAAUUUGAAAAUUAUCCUUUAAAUAAUACUAAUUUUGUAGAACAAAGACCAGUUAUGCAAUCUCCUUUUACGGAUUCAUAUGUCGUAGAAGAACAUACACCACCUAUACCAACUUAUGAAAGUAGCCAGCCACUUUUGCCACAUAAUAAUCAAUCUUCUACAGCCAUGCCUAUCCCACCACAACCUCCUUCUUCUAAUAUGAUAUCGCCUUUUGCUGAUGGCCCUUUCCCUUUUUCAGAUGGACCUCCUCCUCCUCUAUCAAUGCCUUCACCUUUUGCUGAACAUCCUAUGUCACCUCCUAUCAUCGAUAAUAAUAAUAAUAAUAACUUUGGCAAUGAGUCACCUCCUGUUUAUUAUACUGGAGCUCCUAGACGUCAACCACGUCGAUACAAGACAACACGUAGAGUAAAACUUACUUGUGGUAAUUUGGUAUUGGAUUGUCCUGUUCCCACUCGUUAUCUUCAAGCAGUUCCCAUCAAAGAUACUAAAGAAUUUACACAUAUGCGUUAUACAGCAGCUACUUGUGAUCCCAAGGAUUUUGCUGCUGAAGGUUACACGCUACGUCAACAAUUACUUGGUAGAGAAACUGAAUUAUUUAUUGUUUUGACCAUGUACAACGAAGAUGAAGUUUUAUUUGCUAGAACAAUGCAUGGUGUAAUGAAAAAUAUUGCUCAUUUAUGUACAAGAGAUCGAUCACGAACAUGGGGACCUGAAGGAUGGAAAAAAGUGACAGUAUGUAUUGUGUCUGAUGGACGUAAUAAAGUCCAUCCUAGAACUUUAUCUGUCUUGGCUAGUUUAGGUGUCUAUCAAGAAGGAGUUGCUAAAAAUAUAGUCGGUAAUAAACCUGUAACAGCACAUAUUUAUGAGUAUACAACACAAUUGUCUGUAACUCCAGACAUGAAAUUCAAAGGUGCAGAUAAAGGAAUUGUACCAUGCCAAAUAUUAUUUUGUUUAAAAGAAAAGAAUCAAAAAAAGAUUAAUUCACAUCGUUGGUUCUUUCAAGCAUUUGGUCCUCUUAUUCAGCCUCAUGUUUGUGUAUUAAUUGACGUUGGCACACGUCCUGGUCAUACCUCAAUUUAUCACUUAUGGAAGGCAUUUGAUGUACAUUCUAAUAUUGCAGGUGCUUGUGGAGAAAUUAGAACGAUGACGGGUAAAUUUGGUUCUGCUCUCUUAAAUCCUUUAGUAGCAGCUCAGAAUUUUGAAUAUAAAAUGUCAAAUAUUUUGGAUAAACCUUUGGAAUCUGUAUUUGGCUAUAUUUCUGUAUUACCUGGUGCAUUUUCAGCUUAUCGAUAUAAGGCACUUCAAAAUGAUAUAGAUGGGCAUGGUCCAUUGGAAAAAUAUUUCUUGGGUGAAACACAACAUGGUGGAGAUGCUGAUAUCUUUACAGCCAAUAUGUAUCUCGCUGAAGAUCGUAUCUUAUGUUAUGAGUUAGUAGCAAAGAAAAAUGCAAACUGGAUACUUCAUUAUGUUUCUAGUGCUUAUGGUGAGACGGAUGUACCAGAUAAAGUAGAUGAAUUUAUUUCACAAAGAAGAAGAUGGCUAAAUGGUUCCUUCUUUGCUGGUGUCUAUGCAUUAUACCAUUGGCGUAAAGUAUGGGGUUCAGAUCAUAGUAUAUUUCGAAAAUUAGCUUUUAUAUUUGAAAAUAUAUAUGCUAGUUAUAAUAUGCUCUUUUCAUGGUUUGCUUUGGGUAACUUUUAUUUAACAUUCUUUAUAUUAAUUCAAGCAUUAGGUGCAGAAAGUCUUCAACCUAAACCAUUCCCUGCUCAUGUGGCGGAUGUUAUUCAUGUCGUUUUAAAUUAUAUUUAUAUUUUAUUAAUCAUUAUUCAAUUCAUAUUGGCACUCGGUAAUCGACCUCAAGGUUCAAAAUUUGCAUAUACAGCUAGUAUGGUAUUUUUUGCAAUUUUAAUGGGAUAUAUGCUAUUUGCAACCAUUUGGAUUACAGUAGCCAGUAUUUCAGCUAUAGCAGAAAAUGGGGCAAGCUCAUUUAUGACAAUGCUUGGACAUUCAACAUUUAGAAAUAUCAUUAUCUCGGUCUGUUCAACUUAUGCUCUUUACUUGGUUUCAAGUUGCUUAUUUUUAGAUCCAUGGCAUAUGAUAACAAGCUUCGGACAAUAUAUCUUUUUAUCACCAAGUUAUACAAACAUUCUCAAUAUUUAUGCUUUCUGUAAUACUCAUGAUGUCUCUUGGGGUACAAAGGGUGAUAAUACGAUUGCUACAGACUUGGGUGUUGUAAAACAUAAAAAAGAUGCUGAGACAGGCGAAAGUAUGGUAGAAGUUGAAGUUCCUACCGAACAAAAAGAUUUGAAUGAACUCUACGAAGAAGCAUGCUUAGAUCUAAGUAAAGAAGUAAUUCCUGAAAAACAACAUCGUGAUUCAAAGACAAAGCAAGAAGAUUAUUAUAGAGCAUUCCGUACUCGUUUAGUACUCUCAUGGAUUAUUACAAAUCUUAUUUUAGUAGUUAUUAUAUCUAAUACUACUACUUUUAAUUGGAUGGGUUCAUUCCAAACUAGAAGUACAGAUUAUCUUGGUUUCAUUUUAUGGUCUGUAGCAGGAUUAGCAGCCAUUCGAUUUACUGGUUCAACUUUAUAUCUUAUUCUUCGCAUAUUUAGUGGAUAA